AUGUGUAUUGAUUACCGGCAAUUGAACAAGGUUACAAUCAAGAAUAAAUAUCCACUGCCGAGGAUUGAUGAUUUGUUCGACCAGUUUCAGGGUGCCAGGGUAUUUUCCAAGAUUGACUUGCAAUCCGGCUACCAUCAGUUGAGGAUCAGGGCAUCCGAUGUCCCUAAGACAGCUUUCCGCACUCGGUACAGGCAUUAUGAGUUCUUGGUUGUGUCAUUCGGGUUGACAAAUGCCCCAGCAACUUUCAUGGACUUGAUGAACCGAGUGUUCAGGCCGUAUUUGGAUUCCUUCGUGAUAGUGUUCAUUGAUGAUAUAUUGAUAUACUCCCGCAGCCAGGAGGAGCACGAGCAACACCUUAGAGUGGUUCUUCAGACUCUGAGGGAUAGUCAGCUAUAUGCCAAGUUCUCCAAGUGUGAAUUCGUUUUCCCCUCCCACCUCUACUUGUUUAUUCCUGCCUUACUUUCCGUUGUAUAUCAUAUCACUGUACAAAUCCAGGUACCGGAGCAGCAUACGGUGCGCAGUAGUAGCGCGGGAGUUAGCCUUCGGUCCAGCGAGACACCGAGAUUGGAUUCCGUAAAUAGGGUACCGAUAGGAGUUGUACCUAUUAGAACUUGUUUGAUGGUGGCGUUUGUGUGGCUUGUUUGUGGGUCGGGUGAGUAG